AGUUUCAUUUACCUAUAUUACUUUGAUUGGGGUUUGUUUGUUGACGGGAGACAUGAAAAUUAUGAUUCAGUUCAUUUAGAAAGUUGGAAUAUUUAAGUUUCCACGUAUAUAAUACAAGACAGUGUGCUAAAAUAUUAUUUAAUCGAUUUAAAUGACAAAUUAUCAGGAAAUAGUCAACUUGAACGUCGGCGGGACUAAAUUUGCUACAUCCUGGCACACACUGACAUGGGUGUCGGACACAUUUUUCACAGCCCUACUCAGUGGGCGCAUACCUACAGUCAGAGAUGACACUGGUGCUAUAUUCAUAGACCGAGAUCCAAACUUGUUUGGGCUCAUCUUAAAUUUCCUCCGAACCAGAGAUAUAGACCUGAAUAAUGUCAACAUUAGAGCACUCAGACAUGAAUGCGACUACUUUGGCAUCACUCCUCUUAGCAGAAGACUGGCUUUAUGUGAUGAGAUGAAUCAUUCUUCAUGUGGAGAUGUGCUCUUCUAUGGAUACCUACCACCACCUUUAAGCACUCCAUUACCAGGCAACAGCAACAGUAGAAAUAGCAAUGGAUGUUCUAGAAAAAACUCCACCGCGUCAAACGCGGAUGCACCUUGUAAUAGGACACACUCAAGGAACUCUUCCCUGGACCUUAGGACUGUGGGCAGGAUACCUUCGCAGGACCAAUUGAGUCGAUGUGGCCGUGGUCAUUCCAGAGCCGCUUCUUUAGGCAAUGCAGACUGUUAUAAAGGGAUACGCCCGCCGGAACUAAACGCGUGGGCAGACAGCAUGAAAGUUCAAAUUAUAAAGGCACACCACAAUUGGAUUGCGGUUGCAUACACACACUUCGUUACUGGAUACAGAUUGACAGAUUCAUGCGGAUGGUACGUCGUAUUCCAAUCGCCCGUCCAAGACUCCGUGAUAGAGAGGAUAGCGUUGAACGCCAAGACGGGCGGCGGGGCGACGGCCAGCGGUACGAACACUACGGGAACCGAUGUCAUGUUGGGCAUAGCGAGCGGACCGCUUGUUCGGUUGUGGGCGUUCUCUACGCAUAGCGAACCUGUCCGGAGGACAUUAGUUGGCACAUUCAACUUGGGUGUUCGCGUGGAGCACCUACUCUUCGUCGGUCCACAACUGGUGGCGCUGAGCGGAGCGGGCGCCCGGAGCAAGGCGGGCGUGUGGCACACCAGCACGCAGCACUGGCAGACGCAGGACGUGGCGCAUCUCAGCACACACGACACCGCCGGCUCGUUCCUGCUGCUGGGGACCAACACGGGCGCCAUCAACUAUAUAGAUAUGCAAAAAUUUCCGUUGCGAAUGAAGGACAAUGAUCUACUUGUCACCCAGUUGUACAAGGACCCCAAUCAAGAACCCAUCACAGCCAUAUCAGUGUAUCUCACCCCUAAGACCAAUCUGUGCGGCAACUGGAUAGAGAUAGCAUAUGGUACUCGGUACGGCUCAGUGCGGGUCAUAGUCCAGCAUCCGGAAACCGUGGGCCACGGUCCACAACUCUUCCAGACCUUCACCGUCCACCAGAGCACUAUCACAAAGGUUUCUCUAUCAGAAAACUACCUAAUAUCGGUAUGCAGCGAAUACAACCACGUCCGCUCCUGGCGAGUGACUCGCUUCCGAGGAAUGAUCUCCACCCAACCCGGCACCACGCCCAAGGCCGCCUUCAAAGUGCUCGCACUAGAGGCCCCCACCGCCCAGCCACACAACGACUGCGGACCAUACGGCGAGCAGGACGAGGAACAGAUUUUCAUUCAGAAAGUUGUACCGGAUACGGACACGCUAUACGUGCGCUUAGCGUCGAAUGGAAGAAGGGUAUGCACCAUCCGGUCCGUGGACGGGUCGGCGGUGUCGUGCUUCGCCGUGGCGGAGUGCGAGGGCGCGCUGCGGCCGCGGCGCCUGCUGCUGUGCGGGCACCGCUCCGGCGCCGCGCAGAUGUGGGACCUCACCGCCGCCAUCGACAAGGCGGCCAAGCCGGCCACCUCCGUCGGCAGUAGUAGCGCGGAAGGCGACGACUCCCCGAUCCCGGACGGCGGGCCGACGGCCGACGAGCUGGUGCGUCUGCUGUCCGCGUGCGACCUGGACGCCACGCCGGCGCCGCAGCUGCUGCCGCCGUCGCCCAACCGACCGAUGCCGUGAGCGUUCUGCGGAGCACUGGCCAGGCUUAGGGACUUUCUGCUACCAACUUAAACACUUUACACACCUUACUCAAUUCAGUAGCUUACGACAGGGAAGCAGCUAUACGUUAGACACGGUAGAGAUAUCAGCAUCUCACUUCUACGUAUUGCGCUUCAGGCCUCAUAAAAACACUUGCGACAGUGGUGGUGCGAGCUAAAGCGCACCGUUACUUGGAUUUUAAUAUGUAACCGCACGGUAUGGAAUGGCGGAGUGCUGCCGAGGUUGCCCACAAGAGCGCAUAACCCCGAGUAAAACAGAUACAGAUUGUUUGUUGCUUGUGCUCGCGAAUAUACCCGUAUAAGCCGUUCCUUUCAGCUCCGUAUUUAGGUAGGACGACUGAUAUACCGUCAGACAGUUUCUAAAAUUGUGAAUUUUCCACAGACAAAAUUCGGACACUUCACAUAUUUAUAGAAAUCGAAAUUCUCGAUUUCCAAAUUGAAGGUUUCAUGUGAUCUCACAUCGCUCUACUGAAAUUUCUCAGAACUUUACCAUCUUUUUGGAAAAUUUCCGCAAUUUGUAGGUAGGAUUCGCGUGGAAAGGGUAUUUCUCUUAGAACACACCAAGAUAUUUUAAUAACAAAACUUCCGUGAGACACGUACAUAUUACAUAUUUUAAAAACGGGUCACUCACGUAUUUUAAGUCGAAAAACGCUCGACAUGUUUCACUCCGUACCGAGGAGUGUCAUCAGGAGCUUGCGUUGACGGUGACGGACCGGCGCGGACGGAUCGGUACGGAGUGAAACAUGACGAGCGUUUUUCGACUUAAAAUACGUGAGUGACCCGUUCUUAAUAUAUUUAAUACACACCAAGAUAUGAUCUUAUAUCAAGGAAUAAGUUAAGUUUUUGUGGAUUUGGGUGACGUAUCAUGUGACAUUUUUGUCAUCAUCUUUAGUUCUGAUUGAUUGAUUAAUUAGUAAAUAAUAUUAAGUGCGUAAAUAAUAGCUAGGUUUCGCUUUCCUGUGAGGUCGUCUGCUAGUAACUCGGUAAUCAUUCCUUUUUAAACCAAAUCCAAGAACCUUUAAUUUUUAAUGGGUUUUAGUAAUUGUGUUACAAAUUCCUACAAGUUGAAAUUAUCGAGCGUACUUCCUUUUC